UGCAUCCGUUCGCGGCGCUGCAAGGAGAGCGCCCCUUUGUCUCGCAUCUCCCUGCUCGACCAAACCCAACGGCGAUGAACACACCAAGACAGGCGGCGCAGAUCGUCCACAUCGACGAGAUUGCCCAGCGCCUCGAUGAGCUGGCCGGACAGUCCGUCCGAGUCGUUGGAAGGAUCUCCAAGAUCGAUCCUAUGAGCAACCUGCUGGUUCUGGAGCGCCGUACCGCCACGCUGACCGUCCGAACCGAUCUCGUUGGCGAUGCGGCCCCCUUGCGCGAGCGGAUGCUGAUCCAAGUCAUUGGCAAUCUCGAGAUGGGGACUCACUGCACCGCUCAUGUGGACGCAAAGAUCAUCCGCAAUGUCGACGGACUGGAUCUCGAUCUUUGGGAGAGUGCCGUCGAAAUGCGACGACGGUUUCUCAUGCAAGAAGAGCAGGAACUUGCUGCCUGAGCAGCCUUCCCCCCUCCCAGAACGAAGUCGAGCUCCAAUGCCAAACAACUGUACAUAGCACAAUAUCCGACGGUGUGGGGCCGUCAGCAGCAUUUCCAUUCUCUGCGAGUUACUUUCGACCGAUGCCAUGCGAUACAAUAUAUUUGCAUCGCCAGCGCA